UAUCUUCCGGGAUUUCGCUCCGAUCGAAAUUCUCUAUCAAUGCGACAAUAGCAUGCUGUACCGAUGAGCAAAGAAGUCGACCCGUCACGGUCGCAGACAAUCCGUGCUGAAAUUGCCGAGCUUGAGCGACGUCUCCAAGAUGCCAAAGCCCGUCUGAAUGCUCAGAUUAUCUCUGAGCAGCCCACCUUGGCCCCGCCGGCGCGAGUGUUGAUGAGCACUGGUCCUUUUGGUUCGUCACCGCACCAUUUCCUCUUCCUGCUAGCAGAUUCCGCUCUCCCCUUGGGCUCUUUUGCCUUUAGCAGUGGCCUCGAGUCCUAUCUGGCACAUUCCCGCCCUGCUUCCUCCUUCCCCACCUUUCUAAAACUCUCGCUGUCCUCAUAUGCUUCGACGACCCUGCCGUUCGUACUUGAGGCCUUUCGAAAUCCGCUCGACCUCGUGGAGCUCGACGAUACCCUAGAUGCCGCGAUCAUAUGUACUGUCGGUCGCCGCGCAUCUGUUGCACAGGGCCGGGCCCUGCUGUCGAUAUGGGAUCGAUCAUUUAGCUCUUCAAUACCUGCAGGUGCCUCUCAAACUGCUGUGGAUGCAUUGAGGGCAUUCUCAGUCCUUCUCCGCUCUUCUUCUUCAGCUAGUUCAGACGAACUCCCUCCCGUAUCCGCUCAUCUAGGACCCCUGUUUGGCGUCAUUGCUCGUGUGGUGGGAAUAAGCUUGCAGCAGACUGCGUACAUGUUCAUUUUGAGCCAUGUGAAAGCCCUGCUAUCCGCAGCUGUGCGAGCGAGUAUUUUCGGCCCGUAUCAUGCACAAAAGGUGCUGGCCAGUAAUGAAACGCAGCGUGGCAUUUGGGAAGUCCUCCAUCGUGAGUGGAACACAAAGAUAGAGGACGCUGGACAGAGCGUGCCGAUGAUGGAUCUAUGGGUUGGAAGGCAUGAGAUGCUUUACUCGAGGAUCUUCAAUAGUUGAAAGAAUCCGCAAGCAACCAGCUGUGUGUUCUCCAGUAACCAAUCGUGGGCGAUUGUGGGUAAUGAUUCUCAAUAUCUUUAUGGACGGACCUACCUGGCUAUCUUGGUAUGGGGAACCUCGAAUUCAGUCAAAGAGUCCAGCACAAUUUCACAAAAGGAACUACCGGGUAAUAGUAGACAGCGAACAUUUACAAACCAUCCGAAUAAUGUGGCAUUUGAGCUACCUCACUGAAUCUGGUUGUUGUAGCGCCAGUCCUUCC